AUGGUUCAUGGUUUCAGCAAGAAAUGGGAUGACCAGACGAGGAUGACGCGGAGGGGAUGCGAAAAAGUAUUUGAGAUGGUGGCUGAGCGGAGGAAUCGUGGAGGACAGCCUGGUUACAUGGCACAGCUCACUGCAGUGAAAGAGCCAACGGGAAACAACGGCGCAUUAAGGAGAGUUAUAGAAGCAAAAGAAAGGGAUAACAGUAUACCACGAUGGGUGGGGACGGCGGUGACGAGGCGAGACAGUGAUGGAAGAAGGUUGAAGUUGGAGGGGGGAUGGGAGAUCGUGGCGGAGAAAGUUGGGGAUGUGGCUUUAGGAGAAGGCAACCUUGGGACCCCAUCUUCACAAUCUUCACUGUAA